UUACUAAACAUAUAUACCCGAACAUACCCGAAACUCCGGAGAUAAGAUUCCUGACGAAAAAUCAAAAAACCGUAAAUGCAAUGUUUAAUGAUUUUCUAUUUAAGAAAGAUCAUGGACGGUAGAUUCAAUAGUACUGAUACUCACUGAGGUUACCAGAUUCGAUAGGAAUGUCUUCUCCUAUGUGCGAGGAUGGUGGACCGUUACGAGAGUGGGCCCCACUGACAAUGCUCCUUCAAAAUAUACCCUCUAAAAUCCAAAAUGGCAUUUUUACGCAAGAUAUUAAUUUUACUUGCAUAGAUGCAAUAGCAGAAUUUAUUGCCAUUGGUACAAAUCAUGGUUUGGUUUACUGGUAUAGUCGAGAGAAGGGAGAUUUACAAAAGCUGCGAUGUGAGAAUUUUAACUCGGCUAUUACGUGCAUAAGAUUAAUAUCAACUGUAGAUUACAUGGUUGCAGCCGGUAACGAUCAAGGUGUUGUCACAGUUUUUCAAAUUCCAAAAACUAUACCUGAUUCAUUACCUGAUAGUCUAAAACCUAAGCAAAAGAAACAGGUUGAGCGAUAUAACAUAGCAGAUUUGCAUAAAAGUGCUGUAACUUGUGUUGAGUGGUCAAAAAAUGGAAUGAAACUUUUUAGUGGAGAUCAGGAUGGCUUAGUAGUAAUAACAGAAAUUGAUUUUUAUAUGCAUUUAUCAAAAUCAACAGAAUUACUAAAUGAGAAGUAUUCAGUUGUUCAACUAAGUUAUCAUCAAGGCUCACUUUUGGUUUCAACCAUAUUUAGAACGAUUGUGGUAAACAUAAAUCAAAAUGGAAAGGUUUCACAAGUUGGUCAGAAGGAAAGGAAAACACUAGGAAAAUUAGGAGCUGUUUUUGCCUGUCGUCAAAGUCGUGUUCAAGAAACAGUGAUUUACGCUAGCAGACCAGGUUUGAGACUAUGGGAAGCAGAUAAAUCAGGCAUUGUCCUAAAGACAUUAAUUUUUAAAGAUGCUAUUCGAUGUGGGUAUACCGAAGUGGAGUUGUUAAAUCCAACACCAGAGAGUGCAAAGAAAAAUAGAGAAGAACCAACGUUUGGUGUCAUGUUGCCGUUUUGUGAUGACUUACUUGUAACCUAUAGCAAUGAUAUAAUAUAUGUAAUUAAUCCAACUACUAUUGCCAUAACAUCCGAAAUCGCAGACUUACGACACAUCAUUGACGUCGCUUGUACAAAGGAUGAAAUAUUUAUAUUAGAAGGAGAAAGAAAUAUUAUUCGAAUUGCAUAUUAUCCUGAAACAAAUACUUUCACAUCUGAUAUGGACAGGAUUACUGAAUCCUUAGGAUCAAUUGCUGGAAUUAGUAACCCUGUUACUGGAAUAUUAGAAUUCACAUCGAAGUUAAAGAAAAGUGCUAUUGUGCCAGCAAUUCCAUUCCACAAAAUAAACCCUACCAAUAUUAUUCAGUCAAUAAGUGCUUUACCAACUGUAGCUAUUGGCACUGAUACAACAGUGGUGAAUGCAGAAGAAGCUACAGAAAUUCCACCCAUAGUUCCAUUAAACAUUACUACUUCCUUAAGGACCGAUGUUGAUACAGUAUCAGGAUAUGAUCUAAGUACGCACAAUGGCAAACAUAACGAACAGGAAGGACACGUCGACCGUAGGCAUAUUUUUCAAGAAAUUGGACAACAAGAAUUUGAAGAUGUCGUUUUUACCCCAGAACGAAAGAGCAAAAAGUCAGGAAAUAAAAAUCAAAAUAGAACUGAAAGUAAUUUAUUGCCCAUGAAUAAUGACACAAGUCAAGAUUGCGUUGACGGCCCUAACGCCAAUGAUAACGAAUCAAAGACAACUUAUUCUUCUUUGCUAACACUAAGCGCAAAUAAUGACAUAAUGCUACAGUCAGGUCAUAGGGAUUUGGAGACAAUGAAAAAAGACGUUGAAGAUAAGGAAAAGUUACUUGCAGCAGUUCUCAAUUUUGACUUAUCAGAAUAUAUGACUAGCAAUCGGAUAUAUUCCACUGAUUCGAGUGCAUCUAAUUGUAUCAACACAAUUCCCUAUGUUGGUUGCAAUACACAUUUAGAGAUGAUGACCAAAACGAUUAAUGAGAUGCUCGAGGAAGAAAGAACUGAACAAAGUGAACAUACUGACGUGGAAUCCUUGGAGGAUGAUGAAGAAAGUUACAGAACCGAGCUGAACAAAUUGGAAAGCUUAGGAGAGUGUAGUAGGGAAUUAUUGUCAAGGAAAUUAUGUGAAUCGAAAACUGUCAAUUGUUAUAAUGGAGAUUCUGGUAUAGACAGCAAUAACAGUGUCGAUUUGGGGUUUGAACCAAGUCUUAACGGGAAUCAACGACACACCGAACUGGACCUUCCUCCAACUGUUCUUUCACAGGGAUUCGUGACAUCAGGUACCAUUAUCGAAGAGGGCUGGGUUCUGCUAUAAUCGCAUUGUCCAAACCGUUUAAAAAUCAGUGCAAUAUAAUUUUAACGCGAUUAUACUAAGAGUAAAUUUAGUUUUAGAAACACUUGCAACGAUUCUAUUUUCUUUUUGUUAAUGAAUUAUUAUAUUUAUGCCAGCCCAUAAAUAAGUGGGGAUUGUUACAGGAAUAUCUUGAAUUUGUGGUGACCGGUUCAUCCGAUGAUACAAAUUUUUUUUUAAACGUGACUAAUCUGAUUCAACUUACAUAUGUAAUUAUAAAUGUGAUAACCGUCUUUUUCAUAUAUUUAUUACCAAGAUUAUCUAGGUGCAUAUUUCUGGAAUUUGAUUAUGUUUAUAGUGUAAUUAAGUCAAAUGUAUUUAUCAAUUAAGCUUCACAAGAGAAUUACUUUAAAAAAUUAAGUUUAAAAUAAGUGACCAAAUUACAUUUGUAAUGCAUGUUUUAUUAAGAACAAAAUAUUUAAUAAGACCUUUACGUUUGAUUUGUACAUUAUAACGAUUCAAAGAAUAUGUUGCAUUGUAUUCAAACUCACUAAUCACUGACAGAAAAAUGCUGAGCAUUACCACGAUGCAUUAGUAAGCAAUGGAAAUAAUAGUGUUAUUUCAAUUUGCUUCAACUGUAAAUAAAGGACAGGUGGAGAUAUA